GUGGCCUUUCCUUACUGCGGGGUGCGGUCUGCGCGUCUUCCUCGGCUGUAAACAGGAAGCUUCGCGGAGAACGGCAAAGGAGAACAAGCCGACUGCAGGUAGACAGCAGCCAUGGGCAAAAGCUGCAAAGUUGUCGUGUGUGGAGCGUCCUCAGUGGGGAAGACGGCGAUUCUCGAGCAGCUGCUUUACGGAAAUUAUGUCCCUGGAUCCGAAUGCAUGGAAACUCUGGAGGACAUCUACAUCGGCUCGAUUGAGACCGAGCGAGGGGUACGGGAGCAGGUCCGCUUCUUUGACACCCGUGGUCUGAAGGAGGGGGUCGAAUUCCCUAGACACUACUUCAGCUUUGCGGAUGGCUUUGUUCUUGUCUACAGCAUUGACAGCAAAGAGUCUUUUAAAAAAGUGGAAGCUCUGAAGAAGGACAUCGAUCGCUUCCGGGAUAAGAAGGAGGUGACCAUCAUAGUACUUGGAAACAAGUGUGACUUGCAGGAGCAGAGGAGGAUAGACCACGACAUGGCACACCACUGGGCGAAGACAGAGAAGGUGAGGCUGUGGGAGGUGUCCGUGGUGGACCGCCGCACCCUCAUUGAGCCCUUCGUCUACCUGGCCAGCAAGAUGACGCAGCCCCAGAGCAAGUCCACCUUCCCUCUCAGUCGGAAAAACAAAGGCGGGGGCUCUUUGGACAGCUGAACGUGAUGUGUGGGGGUGGUCAGGGGUCUCGUAAGGGAGAUGUCUUCAAGUUGGGACAAUUUGAGUUUGAUGUUUUUAUAUUUUUAUAGGAGUUACCCAUGUGAAUGUUCGUGAUGGGCUAAAGUCUUUGUCCACAUAACUAAAGGACAGGCUUGGUGGCAUUCUGUGCAGUUCCUUAUGUGAUUUCAUUUUAUUUUUCAUAGAUCUUAACUUUAUAUCAUGACACAAAAAAUAGGUAUGUAAAUUAGAAGGCAACUAAAUAAUCACAUCAUUAUUAUUUUUUUCUA